AUGAAGGUGUCUGCAGCCCUCCUGUGCCUGCUGAUCACAGCAGCCGCCUUCAGCACCCUGGUGCUGGCCCAGCCAGCUGCUGUCCCAACCGUCUGCUGUUUUAAUGUGGCCAGUAAGAAGAUCUCCAUUCAGCGACUGCAGAGCUACAGAAAAAUCACCGGCAGCAAAUGUCCCCAGAAAGCUGUGAUCUUCAAGACAAAACAAGCCAGGGAGAUCUGUACUGACCCCAAGCAGAAGUGGGUCCAGGAUGCCAUGAAGUACCUGGACCAAAAAUCCCAAACUCCAAGGAUAUAA